ACCCCCACCCACUCAGGAUAUUCUUUAAUACACAAAGAUAAAUACAAAUAAUUAUGAAGUGAAGCUGAUUUCUGGAGAACACAAAACCUUACCCCCAUUUCUUUACACACAUUUCUUUUUUGACUGCUUUUCUUUGUCAUCUGUAUAUCAAGUAAAAUUUAUUAUUGAUCCAAUCACUCAAUAUUCUGCUUAUUUUAGUGUGUAUACACCUCUUUUCAUAGAGUCCACGUACAUUACAUAUAUCAACACAAUUUUUGCUAAGCAAUAUAUUCUAUAGCACAAUUCCCCACCACCCUUUUCUUCACUUGUUCCAUCCUCCCAACACCAUUUUCUUGAUUUUUUCUUUCUCUUCUGUAGAUUUUUUUAGUGUUUGCUCAAAAGGGUUUCUGCAAUUUACUCCAAGAAAUGUUUUUUCCAUGGUUUUGAGGCGGCCGGUGAUGGAUAUUGAAGCCUGGAGCCCUGAACGUUCUAUAAAGAAAGAAUCAUGGAAGACUGUAUUGACAUUGGCUUACCAGAGUUUGGGUGUUGUGUAUGGUGAUUUAAGCACUUCGCCUCUGUAUGUGUACAAGAGCACUUUUGCAGAGGAUAUUCAGCACUCUGAAACUAAUGAGGAGAUUUAUGGAGUUCUUUCUUUUGUUUUCUGGACAUUAACUUUAAUACCACUCCUUAAGUAUGUGUUCAUAGUGCUUAGAGCAGGCGAUAAUGGCGAGGGCGGUACUUUCGCUCUCUACACCCUCCUCUGCCGCCACGCUCGUAUCGGCACUUUGCCGAACGGUCAACUUGCCGACGAGGAUUUGUAUGAGUACAAGAAGGAUGGGAUUAGUUCUUGUAAUAAUAAGGGUCUUGGUAUGAAAUUGAGAUCUACACUUGAGAAGCACAAAUUGCUGCAGAAAAUGCUGCUUAUUUUGGCCUUGAUUGGGACUUGUAUGGUGAUUGGAGAUGGAGUUCUUACGCCCGCAAUUUCGGUGUUUUCUGCAGUUUCUGGAUUGGAGCUUGUUGUGUCAAAGCAUCAUCAUCAAUAUAUAGAAGUCCCGGUUGCAUGCAUAAUACUGGUGUUCUUAUUCUACCUUCAGCAUUACGGGACCCACCGACUAGGAUUUUUAUUUGCACCGAUAGUGAUAACUUGGCUUUUCUGCAUCAGUUCAAUCGGAGUGUAUAAUAUCUUCCAUUGGAACCCUCAUGUUUACAAAGCACUCUCACCUUAUUACAUGUAUAAAUUCUUGAAAAAAACCCGACGAGAUGGAUGGAUGUCGUUGGGUGGGAUUUUAUUGUGUAUAACAGGUUCGGAGGCUAUGUUUGCUGAUCUUGGACACUUUUCGCAGUUGUCGAUCAAGAUUGCGUUUAGCUUUGUGGUAUAUCCAUCUUUAAUCCUUGCUUAUAUGGGACAAGCGGCUUAUCUUUCCAAACAUCACGUAAUCGAGAGUGAUUAUCAGAUUGGAUUCUACGUAUCCGUACCUGAAAAGAUACGGUGGCCUGUUCUGGCAAUAGCGAUUCUUGCUGCAGUGGUCGGAAGCCAAGCCAUAAUUACCGGAACAUUUUCGAUAAUUAAACAAUGCUGUGCAUUGGGUUGUUUUCCGAGGGUUAAUAUAAUACACACGUCGUCAAAAAUAUGCGGCCAGAUUUAUAUCCCAGAAAUCAACUGGACUUUAAUGGUGCUCUGUUUGGCCGUCACCCUCGGCUUUCGUGACACUAAACACAUUAGCAAUGCCUCAGGUCUAGCGGUUAUAACAGUUAUGUUGGUAACAACAUGCCUUACGUCACUCGUAAUCGUCCUAUGCUGGAACAAGAGCGUCCUAUUAGCAAUUUGCUUCAUAUUCUUCUUCGGCUCCGUCGAAGCCCUCUACUUCUCAGCUUCCCUAAUCAAAUUCCGCGAGGGCGCGUGGGUCCCGAUCGCCCUCUCUCUCAUCUUCCUCGCCAUAAUGUACACCUGGCACUACGGCACGCUCAAAAAGUACGAAUUCGACGUACAGAACAAAGUCUCCAUCAACUGGCUCCUAGGUUUGGGUCCGAACCUAGGCAUAGUACGUGUCCGAGGCAUAGGCCUCAUACACACCGAGCUAGUCUCCGGAAUUCCCGCCAUUUUCUCUCACUUCGUCACUAAUCUUCCCGCCUUUCAUCAGGUGCUGGUUUUGUUCUGCAUCAAGUACGUGCCGGUCCCACACGUGGGGCCCGAGGAGAGGUUCCUUGUGGGGAGAAUCGGGCCGAAGGAGUACCGGGUUUACCGUUGUAUAGCCCGUUACGGAUACCGAGACACUAUGAUUGAUGACGUGGCGUUCGAGAAGGAUCUCGUUUGUAGUAUAGCGGAGUUUAUUAGGUCCGAACGGAACGAUCAAAGUGGGGGCCCGCCUUGCGAUGACGACGAGGAUAGGAUGGCGGUUAUUGGGACGAGCUCGAGGAAGAUGUGGGCGGACGAGGGUGGUGAUGAUGUGGCGGUGGAGGAGGUGAGGGAAAUGCCGAGGAAGAAGAGAGUGAGAUUUGUUUUGCCGGAGAGUCCGAGGAUGGAUAGGGAGGCGCGCGCGGAGUUGGACGAGCUGAUGGAGGCGAGGGAAACGGGGAUGGCGUUCAUAUUAGGGCAUUGUUACGUGAAGGCGAAAGCGGGUUCGGGUUUGGUGAAGAGAGUCGUGAUCAACGUGGGGUACGAUUUCUUGCGGAGAAAUUCGAGGGCGCCGACUUACGCUUCGAGUUUCCCGCGCGCCUCGACGUUGGAGGUGGGGAUGGUUUACCAUGUGUGAAUCUUGUUGGGUUUUGGUUGAUGUGCCACGUGGAAUACUCGAUGUAAAUGAAAUGUUAUUACAUGUUUUAUACGAGGUUAAUUGCAGUGAGGUUGACAAAAAUUUGCU